AUGGAUGUUGCUCCCGCUUUUUCUCUGGAGGGAUCUGGGAUCAGCUUUGCAGAUCUGUUCCACCUUGUGGCUUUCUACUGCGUCAGCAGAGAUGUCCUGCCGUUUAUACUCAAACUCCCAGAAGCCAUUGCAUCGGCCAAGACGCAGAAAGAACUGGAGGAGGUGGCUCAGCUCGGAGCAGCCUUCUGGGACUCUGCCCUGUGCAGUCAGCGGCGCUCCGCCCCCUCCCCUCCCUGCCGCCCUCUGAGCCGAACCCUCAGCCCCCAGCGGACUAACAGGAGCGGGGAGGUCGGGGGGUCACAGGAGCGGCACGCCGGCACUCACAGCGACAGCGCGCCUCCCACCUUACGGCUCUACACGCCUCCACCCUCCAUUCACCAGGGGGGCAGGUAUUCAAGCGGACCCCUGUGUUUUGUGAAUCCACUGUUUCUGCAAACCCACCCCUACGGUCGAAGAGACGACCCUCCUCCACAGCUCAAACCAGAGGAAACGGCUGAACUGGACCCGCCAGCCAGGAGCCCGAACGUGGACCAGAUCAAACUGAACGGGAAAUCCCGUCCCCCUCCUCCUCGCCCCCCUCCCCCUCGCUCUAUGCCUCGGCGCCGGCCUGCUCCUCAGCCGCCCGGGCCUCCAGCGGGUACCAGCAGACCCAAGAGCAUGCCAGAGACUGUGAGCUCCAGGCAGCAGGUCUCCAGCAGGCGCCCAGCACCUCCUCGGCCAUCGAUGGGUUCCAAAUCCAGCAGCCUGUCCAAAAGUACGUCCUCACCAAAUGCACCGCCUCCACGGCCCAAGAAGCCCGAUCUCGAAGCCCACCGGUGCCACAUCGCCCUGGAUGAUGAGACCAUCGCCAAGGCUCUGUCCCGCGCCAACCUCCCCCGCUGCCAGCCUCCGCCGGCUGCAGACGGUCCAGGGAACAAUGCCGAGGGUCCUCAAGAGAGUCGACACCAGCGUCUCAGUGACAUGAGCAUGUCCACGUCUUCCUCUGACUCGCUGGAUAACUCGCGGUCCCCCGGGUUCUCCCUAAACCUGGCCCCGCCGUCGUCCCAACACCUCAGCCAUCAGGACACAGUGGAGGACAGCAGCGAGGAAGACGAGGAUGGGGAGGAAGAGGACGAUGAGGACUACGGCGUUGGCCUGGAGGCGGACCUGGAAACGCGCUUCCGUCCAUCGUAUAAAGCUCGAAGGCGAAGGGUGGGCGUGAGCCUGAACGGCACGUCCUUCGUCCUGCCCCGGUCUCUGAAGGGACGCUUCAGUAAGGUGAGCGGGAUGCUCAGCUCUCUCAUGACGCCGGACAAACGGGCCGUGAAACGGAUCACUGAGCUGUCCCGGAAUAAGAGCACCUACUUCGGCUGCCUGGUUCAGGACUACGUCAGUUUUGUUCAGGAGAACCGGAGCUGCCACACGUCAGGGAUGGACUUCCUGCAGACCGUCAGGCAGUUCAUGACCCAGAUGAAGGCUUACCUGCGCCAGACCUCUGAGCUCGACCCGCCCAUCGAGUCCCUGAUACCCGAGGACCAGAUCGACCAGGUGCUGGAGAAAGCCAUGCACAAGUGUGUCCUGAAGCCUCUGAAGAGCAUCAUCGAGGCCGUUCUGCACGACUUCCAGGUGAGCAGCGGAGCCUGGCAGCAGCUCAGGGAAAACCUGGCCUUGGCCAAGACCAAGAGACCUCAGGAGAUGGGGGUUGACGGCGCCAUGCCGCCGGACUCGGUGGCCAUCGAGAAGAUCCGGCAGAAGUUCCUCAACAUGAGGAAGGUGUACUCGCCCGAGAAGAAGGUGUCGCUGCUGCUGCGAGUGUGUAAACUCAUCUACACCAUCAUGCAGGACCACUCGGGGCGGAUGUACGGGGCGGACGACUUCCUGCCCAUGCUGACGUACGUGGUGGCUCAGUGCGACACGCCGCAGCUCGACGCCGAGAUCCAGUACAUGAUGGAGCUGCUGGACCCGUCUCUGCUCCAAGGAGAAGGAGGUUACUACCUGACCAGCGCCUACGGAGCCAUGGCGCUCAUCAAGAACUUCCAGGAGGAGCAGGCGGCCCGGGUUCUGAGCUCCGAGGCCCGGAACACCCUGCACCAGUGGCACCGCCGGCGGACCACCCAGCGCUCGGUGCCGUCUGUGGACGACUUUCAGAACUUCCUGCGCGUCGCCCUGCAGGAGCUGGGCUCAGGCUGCACCGCCAAAACCCUGCAGGUGCACCCGUACACCACCACCGAGGAGGUCUGCUCCCUCUGCGCCUACAAGUUCAAGAUCCCCGACCCGGAGAACUACGCCCUGUUCCUGGUCACCGACGACACGAGCCAGCAGCUCGCCCCGGACACGAACCCCCAACGGAUCAAAGCCGAGCUGCACGGCCGGCCGCUCGCGCACGUCUUCCACUUUGUCUACAGGAAGGUGUCCAACCUGAACCUCUGCGUCCCGGCCGUCCUGCACAACGGAAACUGCCUCCCAGGCGAGCAGUGA